AUGAGGUUCGGCGAAUAUCUCCGGUCUUCCAUGAUCAAGGAAUUCUACCCUUACUACAUUGCCUACGAUGAACUGAAGAAAGCUCUGAAGACCGAUUUCGUCGACGAGCCAACCGCCGAUAACACCAAGCCCGCCCGUAAGGAAUGGACCGAGGACGAUGAGACACGCUUCGUCUCCUUGCUUGAGAGUGAGCUAGAGAAGGUCUUCCUAUUCCAGAAGCGCAAGAGUGAGGAGAUUGUCGCCCGCAUUCAAGAAAGCGAGCUCGAGGUGAACGAUGUCGUCUCCCGUCUGGACAGCUCGACCGAUUCCCAUCGCCAGAGUAUUCGAACUUCUCGCCCCCCACCCACCGAUGCGAACUUCUUAAUGCUGGAGCAGGUGCUCAGUGAUAUUAUUGCCGACGUUCAUGACUUGGCCAAAUUCACUCAAUUGAACUACACGGGUUUCCAGAAGAUCCUCAAGAAGCAUGACAAAGAAACCCAAUGGUACCUCAAGCCGGUUUUCGCGACACGUCUGAAGGCCAAGCCUUUCUUCAAGGAUAACUACGACGCUUUCGUGGUUAAACUAUCCAAGCUGUAUGACCUGGUCCGGACCAAGGGUCACCCGGUCAAAGGUGAUGCAUCUGCCGGUGGCACUCAACAAAACUUUGUGCGUCAGACAACAAAGUAUUGGGUGCACCGGGAUAAUAUUACGGAGUUGAAGCUGGUGAUCUUGAAGCACCUGCCAGUGUUGGUCUUCAAUGCCAGCAAGGAGUUCGAGGAGAAGGACACGGCCAUCUCCUCUAUCUACUUUGACAACACCGACACCUGGGAACUGUACCAGGGUCGUCUGAAGAAAACUGAAGGCGCCGAGGCAAUUCGGCUGCGUUGGUACGGUGGGAUGGAAAGUGACCAGAUUUUCGUGGAGCGCAAAACCCACCGCGAGGACUGGACGGGAGAGAAGUCCGUCAAGGCGCGUUUCGUGCUCAAGGAGAAGCACGUCAAUGCCUAUCUCGAGGGCCGGAUGACGGUUGAGCAGAUCUUUGACAAGAUGCGCAAGGAGGGUAAAAAGAGCCCGGCGGAGAUUGAUGAUUUGGAGCAACUAGCCCGCGAGAUUCAAUACCGCGUCAUUACUCGCCGAUUGGUCCCUGUCACCCGUACAUUCUACCACCGCACUGCAUUCCAGCUGCCAGGUGAUGCGCGUGUUCGAAUCUCUCUUGACACGGAGCUGACCAUGAUCCGAGAGGAUAACAUGGAUGGCCGCCAACGGUCUGGGAAGAACUGGCGCCGUAUGGAUAUCGGAGUCGACUUCCCAUUCUCCCAGCUGCCUCCCGAGGAUAUCGACCGAUUCCCCUAUGCCGUGCUGGAGGUGAAGCUGCAGACCCAGGCAGGCCAGGAACCUCCCCAGUGGAUUCGGGAUUUGACUGCCAGUCACUUGGUGGAGGCAGUGCCGAAAUUCAGCAAGUUCAUACACGGAACAGCGACCAUGUUCCCUACUCGCAUCGAUCUGCUUCCAUUCUGGUUCCCCCAGAUGGGUGUAGACAUCCGCAAACCCGCCACUCGCCAAUUCGGUAUCCACCGACCGCUGGCGAGUACCUCGAUCUCCGCCAAUGAUGAAGAUUCGGAUGAUGACGAAACUCCGGUUACGGAAGAAAGCCCGCUGGAUGAACAUGCCACCGAGCACCAUAACGGAUUGUUUGAGACCAAUGGCAACGAACUGGAUAUCGAAGAGCGCGUCGCCGCCCAGCCCCUGCCUGGCGACGAAGACUACCCAUUGUACGACUCGGACGACGAAUCGGGGGGAGCGUACUACGCGCAGAAAUUGGCCAAACACUACCUCUAUCGAGCUGGUCACGCUGUCGCACAGGGUCUCAUGGCGAUAAUCCCCCGUCCCGUUCCAACAUCCCUGCCUCCCCCCGAACAGCGUGGCAUCGCUGUUUUGGGUAACCAACGACGCACGCUACAGCAAUUCCAGGCUCCCCCUGGCAAACGCAUCUUCGUUCCCGUCCGCGUGGAACCGAAAGUCUACUUCGCCGCCGAGCGAACCUUCCUCUCCUGGUUAGAAUUCUCCAUCAUCCUCGGCGGAAUCGCCGCAGCUCUUCUUAACUUCGGCACUGAAUCUGCCACCCUCAUCUCCUCCUGGGCCUUCACCAUCCUCGCCGCUGGCGCCCUCGUGUACAGUCUCUUCCUGUACAUCUGGCGCGUCGACAAGAUCCGCAAGCGCCGCGAUGUCAAGCGCGUCUACUACGAGCGCUGGGGUCCGACGGUAGUCGGCCUCGGACUUGUCAUUAUCAUCCUGCUUAACUUUGGGCUGCGCGUGCGCGAAGGCGGGUUUAUGGCUGCGCCGGGAUCGGAGGGUGAGCCUCGGCAUGGCGGACACGGUGAGUUGUAG